CGUAGUAACUUGUUGUAUAUACUAAAUUAAAAUACGACGAAUUAUUACUAUUGAUUUGAUGUUCUCCAGUACCAUAAUAAAAGGAAUGCUUUUUGAUUUACAAAUUUUCAAAGUGUUAAAUCUGGAAAAACUAUGUUAAAUUUGAUGUAAUUAAAUUUAAAAUACCAUAGUAAGAUCUCUAAUAAUUAUGUGGACUAUAUUUUCAAGAGACUCGUCGAAAGACUUUCCAUUUGAGAUUACUGAAUGUCCAAAUUAUGAGUUUAAUGACAAGAGUUUAUGGAAAUUAAACAAAGGGAAGAAAAAGAAUACUAAUCAAGAUGUUUCAAUUUUUGAAUUCAUAAUAAAUGAUGAAAUUCCUGGUGGUAAAGUCCGUUCAGCAUCUGCUAAAUGUGCAAUAAAACAUUUGAAAACUUUAAAACAUCCAAAUUUUCUCACUUAUUUAGAAAGCUCAGAAAUUAAAACUACAAUUUAUUUAUCUACUGAGUAUGUUGAACCACUUCAAUCCUUUUUGUCAUCUCAAAAUGAUCUUAAUACCACAAUCAUGAAACAAUAUAUUGCUUGGGGAAUAUCAAAUAUAAUAGAAGGAUUAAGGUUUUUAAAUGUUGAAGCAAAACUAUGUCAUAAUAAAGUUUGCAUUUGGUCAGUGUUCGUAAAUAAAGCUGGAAAAUGGAAACUAGGUGAAUUAGAAUACAUGAACAAUGUUAACAAUCCUCCUCCUUCUUAUGAUAAUGAUUUAUAUCGUACUACAGUACAUCAACAAUCACCAUUUUCCAUUGAUAUUUGGGGACUAGGAGUACUUAUUUGGGAAGUAUUUAAUGGCCCAUUAAGUCAUCAAUCAGCAUUAAAAGAUGUUAAAAAAAUUCCUAAGGAGCUUUUGAAAGUAUAUCCAAAGUUAAUUGCUGCAGAUCCUAUGACUCGUCCAUCAUAUGAUACCAUUACUUUGAGUUUAAGAGAACAAGGAUAUUUUGGUAAUGAUUUGGAAAAAACUAUGACAGCAUUGAGUCAAUAUCAUUUAUUAGAUGAUCUCCAAAGAACAACGUUUUUAGAAAAAUUGCCAAAUUUACUUGAAACAUUUCCCAAAAAUAUAGCUCAAUACAAUGUAUUACCUAGCCUUCUUGAAAUGUUUAGUUAUGUUAAAGAACAAAAAGUCAUAUUUCCAUCAAUGAUAAAGUUAAGUACUAUGUUAGAUGACCAAGAAUUUGAAGAAAAGAUAGUACCUUGUAUUGUAAAACUGUUUGAAUCUAAUGAUCGGGCAACAAGAUUGUUAUUACUUAAUCAAAUUGAAUUAUAUUCAAAUCGGUUAAAACCAGAUUUAUUAAAUACAAGUAUAUUUCCACUGUUAGUAAGCGGUCUAGCAGAUGCAAGUCCUACUAUAAGAGAAUUAACUGUUCGAAGCAUGGUAUAUAUAAGUUCAAAAUUGAAUUAUAAUAAUUUAAAUGUGGAAUUAAUGAGACAUUUUGCUCGCUUACAAAUGAAAGAUGAUCAGGGUAGUAUAAGGACCAAUACCACUGUAUGUUUGGGUAAAAUUGCUCAAUAUUUAGACCCAAAAAAUAGAAGUAAAAUAUUAUCAUCAGCUUUUGGCCGCGCACUCAAAGAUCCAUUUCCACCAUCAAGAAUGGCAGGUGUAUCUGCAUUUUCAGCAACUCAACAAUAUUAUCCUUUGCUUGAAGUAUCAUCCCGAGUUUUGCCAGCAUUAUGUCAAGUAACUCUUGAUCCUGAAAAAGGAGUACGAGAUAUAACUUUUCAAACAAUUAAAGGUUUUUUAGGAAAGCUUGAAAAUGUAUCUGAAGAUGCAAGAUUAAAAGAAAAAAUAGAAGAAGAAGUUGCUAAUACUUCUAGUCCAUCCAUACCCACAUGGGCUGGAUGGGCUCUAACUAAUGUAACUUCCAAGUUCUAUUCGUCCAAAAACUUACAAAAAGAUAUAAAUCCAACUGAGCUAUCAAAAGACAACACAAACAAUAAGAUUGUUAACUUUGAUAAAAUGAAAAAUAGUUCACUGAAAACCAAUGAUAAUACUCCACAAAAUAUUUACAAGCAAAAACAAUUGGAUGAUGAGGAUAUUCUUCAGAACACUCAAAAUUACAAACAUGUCAUAGAUGAGUCUAUAAUAUCUAAAGACUGGGAUGAUAAUUCAGGAUGGAAUGUUGGAGAUGACUGGGAAAGCAUUGAUAAUUCAGAAAAAGAAAAAACUGAUUUUGGUUGGGAAGAUCAAGAACCUAUAUUAUUGGAUGAUUCUUGUGAUAUUGCUAAAAAAGUAGAAGCUGAUGCGUUAAAAGAAGAAAUGCGUAAAAAACGAGAAGAAAGAAAACUAGAACGAAUAAAGCAAUUAGAGCUAAAACGUAAUAGUAAACAGACUUUAAAACUAGGAGCAAAAAAAUUAUAAAUCUAUUCAUUACCUUUACUUGUAUGACUUGAUAUUUUUAUGUUAUAUACAAUUUGUAUUUUAAGAAAUAUAGGUACCUAUAUCCCUAUAUCAGUAA